AUGGCGACGCUAAGGAGAAAAAAAUUGGCUAGCAUAAUCAACGACUGCAAAGAGCGACGUCUGCAAUUGGAGGGCAGUAGAAGUCAUUUCGAGAAGUCAGCAUCAUUGAACGAGAAGGAAGCAUAUGAAAAAAUUGAGGUCGAGCUCCGCAAGGUCGAUCAGAUUUUAGAAAAGGCUAUAGGCGAUCAAGCAUUAAUACAGAAUAGCAGCUCGCACCAUCGCACGAUCAAAAAUGAAGACUUGUUCGAAGCCAUCAAAGCCAUGGGCAAGGUUUGCUCAAAGAAGGAAAUAAACGACAUGAUUUGGGAAGCUGACGAGAAUUUAGAUGGUGUCGUGGACUGGGAAGAGUUGCGUGCUAUGUUUAAUCGCAACUUGCUGGACAGAACGGAGCUGGAGCCAGCCAAUCUUUUCAACGUCGUCCAAUAUAUGACGUACGACAAAAAAAAUUGUGGAGUUAUCACUGCAGACGACACUAUGGCUAUUCUCUUCGCGCGUUAUGGCCAAACGCAGCUUGAAAUGCGUAUGAAACAGCUAUUCGGCGAAAGUGAUGAGCUUACAUUCGUGGAUUACUUAAAACGCGUGGGUAAGCAACGACGCUCAAAUGUUGGUGUGCGAGCUAAGAGUUAA